AUGACGAACCAUCAGAGUUCCGAUGUCACACUCCGAAGCGAACGGGAUGAACUCAUCGACCUCAUCACGGCCGCAGGGGGCGGAAGCUUGAUGAGGGGUUGGAGGCAAGCUCUCGAUCCCCAAGGCGAACUCGAGGUCGACUACGACGACUUCUGCCGAGUGACAGGGCAGUGGCGCUGGGUCGGCGACAUCAAUGCCCUAUUCGGGGGCGAUGGCGAUCUGGACCACCUCUCCUUGAUGGAGAUUGCCAACAAAGAAGGAAAGCUGAUGAACAACUUCAUGCGGUGGAUCAGGGAAGAGUUUGGCUCCCCGGCAGAUUUCUUCCUUGCCUUGGACGCCAACAAGAAGGGAAAGGUGGCGCGGCACACCUUCGUCUCCUUCUGCGUGAAUCGCGAUUUCAAGGCCUCUGAGGCGGACUUGAACCGAGUGUUCGACUGCAUCGACACAGGCGAUAUCGGCUCCAUCGUGAAAGAGGACUGCAUAUUCCUAGAGCUGGACCCAAUGAAGCGAAACGAGGAGCGCCAGCGAGGCGGCCUCGUGAGGGAGUGGAAGCAGCGAGCAGCUCUGGAGUUCCUGCAAAAUGCACGAACUGGCUUGAAGCCCCUCCCCGGAGAGGAAAGUGUAGCUUUGCCCGAGCGACACCGGCUCGCACCUCGGCCCUGGCAGGCCGGUGCCUUCGAGCAGAUUCCCAUGGUGGUUUGCCAGCGGCGAUACGAGCGGGAGCGCGACACGCGCUUCAAGCGUAAGUGCGCGCGGGCGACUUUCUUGAAGCAGAUCUGCAUCUCCUACGGAAACGAGGUCCGCGCUCUCCGCCGCGAUAUCAAUCCAGGAGGCCACCACAUGACCUUGACCGACAUUCGGAAGUACUGCCGGCAGGUUGAUCUUCCAGUGGAAAUUUCCCACCUUUGGCAGAGCUUAGAUACCGACUCGGAUGGCAAAGUCCGCAUGGAGGAGCUGUGCUCCCCGCGUGCUGAAGUCCUCGCCAAGUUCAAGGAGUGGAGCCGCCAGAAAUUCGGCACCGCCAUGGCGCUCUGGGAGACCCCCGAGGCAGUCCGGGCUCGAGCUCGUUGGCGAGGGCAGGGCCUCUGGAUCUCAGACACCAAGAUGCUCAUCCCCGCUUUGGGUGAGGCGCUGCGGGAGCUCGAGUGGCCCGGAAUUCACUGCCAAGAGGAGCGCUCUUUCGUCUUCAGCUCGUUGGAUUCGAUGGGCUGCAACCUGAUCACUCCGGAAGAUCUUGCCUGGCUAGACAGGUGGAUCCCCUCGGAGUUCCUUGCGGCAGAUCCCAGCCCAACGGCCUGGGCGGACCUCAAGGAGAUCCUCGUCAAGACUUACCAGCACCCUCUGCGCGCAUGGCGCAUCCUGGACAGGGACAACUCCAAUCGCAUCGCUUGGACCGAGUUCCGAGACGUUUGCAAGAAGGUUCACUUCACCGGAGACAUAGUCGGGGCCUGGCGUAUGCUUGAUACUGACAUGUCUGGCUAUAUCUCCAUGCGUGAGUAUGAUCCCUCCAGCGAAGAGCUGCUCACCUCCUUCAAGGAAUGGGCGGACUCCAACUUCGGCUCCGUUCGUCACUGCUUCAAGGCUUUAGACAGCGACCGAAGUGGGUCAGUUACCUAUGCCGAGCUCAAGCGGGCCUGUCACAAGAUGAAGUGGAUGGGCAACGUGCGCACGUUGUUCGACUGCCUCGACCUGGAUUCCGCAGACCGGCGGAAUCGGGAUGCUGCGACGGGAAAGCGGGCGAUCUCGCUAGAGGAGAUCGCGUUCUUGGACACCUGGCACGUGGAGCCCCGGCCGGAGCUGGCCAAGUUCGAGGAUCAGCUGGCUGAGUUGGAGGCAAGCCGCUUGCUCACUCGCGAGCGGCUUUUGCAGGAAAAGACGCUUCUUCGACGUGUCCGAAAAGGACGAAGCCAAGACGCCAGCCGACGUCCUCAAACAGGACCUGCGGCGACGCACCAGUCGGACUCCCUACCUGUCUGCCAGGACCUUCCCCGGCCCCACAGCCAAGGCGAUCUUCGGCGACCUCGCCACGGAGGGAACUCUGUCUCCAAAGAUUUCUCCGGUCGGAGACGGCCGAAGCCGAGGCAGGACUUUCGAGACUGUCGGCCACAGACCGACAACGCGUGGCUCCGCUCCUACACAUCCUUCCGAGCUGUGGGCGUUCAUCGCUAG